GAGAGCCCGUGGACGUGCUGAAGAUCCUCCAGCUCCACUCCCUGCCCGAAGGCGUCAAGAAGGUGCCGGGUUUCUGCUCCCAACGUGGCGCCGGCUCCGACGUCGCCUACCGGAUAACGCGGCAGGCGCAGCUCAGUGCACCCACCCGGCAGCUCUUUCCCGAUGGGAAAUUCCCGGAGGAUUUCUCCAUCAUGGCGUUGGUGAAAGCCAAACCCGGCGUCCAGGCCUUCCUCCUCUCCAUCUACAACCAGGACGGCAUCCAACAGCUGGGCGUGGAGCUCGGCCGCUCGCCCGUCUUCCUCUACGAGGACCAACACGGCCGCCCGGCCCCCGAGGAUUAUCCCCUUUUCCGCGGCGUCGAUUUG